ACUCGUCUCCAAGGUGAUUUGUCCUUAUUUCCCAAAGAUUAUGUUGAUUAAUCGUUAGGAUAAACAAUAGAAUAAAAUAAGUUCUACAAAAAAGUUUAAUAAUGGCGGCCGAUACAUUAUCUUUGUUUGAAAGUCCCUAUAAAUAUACGGCAGCAGGAGAACUUGGAAUAAACAGGGAUACUAUGCUUCAAAAUGAACUUUUACUAAGGACAGAAUUAGGCAAACCAAAAAGGCGAGGGGUAAUCAUUCCUGCAGGAACCACAUAUGGCCGACCAAAUGGUAUGAGGGAUGGUGGAUCCUCAGAAGCUUUACAUGGGUGGCCAACCAUUUCAUCCAGCACCUUGCCAUUCAAGAGAAAAGAAAAGGCAUCACAGAGAGAUUUCAUGGCCCUCAACAGAGCUGCUGUCUCAGCUGGUCUAGUCACAGCAAAUGCUCAGUAUGAGUUCCGAGCCACACACGAUGUACGGGGAAAAACUACAAGUGAAGAAGGCCAGAGAAACAGAACUCGCAGAAUGCCGCCAAGCAUGGUGUAUGGAAUCUCUACCAGGCCUUCCACUCCAAUUUUCGACCUUCUGGAACACAAAUACCAGGAUAAAUGGUUACAGGAGCGCCGCAAGUUAGAGCUUGCCAAGAGACAGGAAGAGAGCAAGAUGGGUCGCUACACACACUCAGCAGGUGUAAUCAACUCGGCACAGAAGCGCUCCCCGGGGCAGGUAUACGAGACCCGGGCCACCUUGUUGAGAACGUACCAGAACCCCGUUGAUCCAGACCCACUCUGGCAGAUGCCCAAGUUCAAGAACAAUGCCCAGCCCUCCCUCCAGACCUUCCGAUCCGGCCGGGCCCGGACAUUUGCUUACGAUAACUUCGAGUCUGACAUGAUUUCCCGGAAAGGAAACCUCGGUCAUGGAACAUAUGAAUCUGCAAAGAACUAAACAUUCUCAAAAGACUGCUGAUUUAUUUAUUAUUAAAUCCAAACUGUGAUCAUCUCAGAUAACUUAUGUAUCAAUUAAGUUAAAACCUUUUCAAGAUAAUGUUUUGUUUGAAUGAGUUCUGUGAUAGUAGUUACAUGUUAAGAUGAAACGAAACUUUUAAAUUUGUAUCAAACUUUGUUUCUUUGAUCUUUGAGUCAGAACUGCAUGUCGAAUUACAAUUACAUAUACUAGCUUUUGAAGCUUGAACUAAAAGAGAAUGGUAAUGUUCUGGUAUAUGUGUCAGUAUUAUUUACACAUUUUACUCUUUUGACCAAAAAACAAAAUUGUACGAAUCAGUAUAACAUAAAAGUAUUUAUAAGUAUUUGAAUUGUAACGUUGAUUGUUUUUAAUGAUUUUUGCAUGCUUAAGUAUAUUUGCUUUAAUAAUUUUACUCCAUUUUUUUAAUAUAUGAGCAUUAUGCCAUAUAGUAUUGCUAAGAAGUAUUGAAUUAUGUAGUCCUUACACAUUCUCACAUUUUCAUGUUGCUAAAAAUAGAAAAAAAAAUAACAAGUAGAUUUGUUGCUACAAACUAAGAUGAAGGUUCGAACAAAGUCCAGGGAUAUUUAAUAUGGCAAAACUGUUUGUAUUCGUUGUGUAUAUACUUCAUUCAUGUGUGGUGUUUUGUGUGUGUUUCACUGUUUCUGAUCUGCAAUAAGCAUUCAUAGCAGAAUAUGUUAAAUGUUCUACAUUAUAAAUAUAUAUCCAGGGGAACAUCAGAUAGGUUGAUUAUUACGGUUUUGCUGAUACCAGCUUUUAUUAUCAAAUAUGGUUCAGUAUUCUUCCUACAUACCAUUUUAAUCGUGAAAAAAAUAAUUCUACAAUCAUUAGUGUAUUUGAUAUUUCAUUUAAUUUCUAUAAACAUACAGAAAGUAUUUAUCAAAUAGGUUGAUUUUGAUUUAAGCAAAUGGAUUUGUUAAGUGCUACUUCAGCAUGUUGUUAAUUUUACUCUAGUCCUUUAAGUAUAGAAAGCUGCAUUAUAAAACAGACAGUGUAGUCAAACAAUUGCUAAAAUUAACUAGUUUAAUACCGUUUUUAGAAUAAGCUCUAGCAUAGAGGUUUCAUAAAGGCGUUGUAUAGGUAAAUAUUUCUUAUGGUAAUGAUGUUUGGGUAUGUUUCAUCAUAAGUUGUACAGAAACAAUAGAAAAAGUACAUUAGAAACUUUUAUAUAAAGUAAAAUUAUUAUCAUUCACUGAUGCACAAGAGUAGUAAUAUUAAUUCACAAAAUUUAAUGUCAAAUUUGAGUAAUAUAUAUUUCAUGCCUAUUUUUGUUUAAUAUUAUGCAAUUCCAGAAGGCUGCCAUAACUGUACAUAUUAUUGUUAAGCACCUUUUAAAUCUGUGAUACUGGACAUUGUAAUUGCCACAUCCAUGUGAUAUGUUUAAUCAACUGAUCGAAAAACAAUACAACUUUAUUGAGUCAG